AUGCACAUGCAGACGCCUCGCCGGGGGAUGGUGGUGACCCAGGAUGAUGAUUGGACUCUCUUUGAUUCGGUGGUGACACUGGUGGUAAUUGAGAUAAGCCAAGAUGUCUUGGGUUGGUUCGAGGACGGGGAGUUCGAAGAGUUACAAGGAUGGGAUGUUGAUCCUCGACACGACAACCCAUCUCUGACAGUGGUUAUGGUUCCCUGUGUCACUUUAUUGAGUUGGAGACACGCUACCGUGUUGUCAAGAGACUCGGGCGCCAUGAAAGCCUGCCGCUGUGUUGUGAAGGUAGGGUGGCUUGAGGGUCGCAAAACUCAGUAG